AUGAAAGGACUCUUCGGCUCUUAUUUCAUUGUUUCUGAGAGAAAUUAGGGCUGCGGGUCUUCCACGGCAGGCUGUAAAUGCUGCUUUGAUUUGUGGGAGCUCCAGGACUUGAUUUAAAGCAGCCCAGCCCUCGAGAAGCCCUGCUGUGGAGACUCAGGCAGGCGGGGGACACUGGGCUCCCAGGAUGUCAAGGCCUCAUGGAGCCUGGCCCGUGGGACAGGACUCCCCAGGGAGCGCUCGGUGGCAGGGACCCACUGAUGUUUCCUCUCAGCCGCCCAUGCUCAGAGAGGAAGUUCUGCGGCUUGCUGGCAGGGCAAGGCCGUGACAGUAACAGAAGACAAUGGGCAGAGAGUGCAGAAGAUCCCCCUGAGAUCCUGCACACCCUGUGUCCCCAGACCACGGCCCCUCCGCUCAUAGCUGGAGAAGUGGGGUGCUGCACAGCCAGGGAAGGCCAGGACCAGGUUCCAGCCUUAGUAACUCCUGCUCAGGAAGUCCUGUGUACUGUCCAUCUUCAACCAAAGAGGGUCCCAUUACACUCAUUUUGUGUAAAUCCCCAGUUGCCCAGACUGAGCCGCCCUUGGCUGGUCUGCUGGGAGUCCCCACACAGCCCCGCCCUGCCGGCCACCUGGUGGCUGACGCCCCAGGCAGGGAAGCAGGUCCAGCCUGGUGGACACGAUGCCUGGUGGGCGUUGCCCGUGGCGCUGAAAAUGAACCUGCUCCUUUUGGUGCUGUUGGCACAGCCUUUCCAGAGCGGUGAAUGGAUGCCAGUCUUCUCCCACAUCCCUCCAGGAACUCAGACGAAUGCAGCUGCUAUAAUAAAUGUGUGCAUUUCUUAUUCUGAGUACGUCUGAGGCUCUGAUGAGUUCUAUUUAUUACAGCCCUCAGCCCUGUAAAGAGGAGGAUGGUUCCAAAGACGUCCCUGAAUGACUGCAGUUUUAAGAACUCAGGCUUUCACUUCUUUUAUAUGGGCGUUCUUGUCACAGGGAACUGCCUUAAUUUUGAUGUAUUUAUUCUGAACCAGGAAAUAUCUUCAGAGAGAAUGAAUGAGAAUAUGAGAGUGUGUGUGUGUGUGUGUGUGAGAGAGAGAGAGAGAGAUUUGAGUAGAGUGAAAUGCUUAAGGCCGGGAAGGGAGAUAAAAACUCGGAAAAUGUGCGGCUGCAGUAGAAUGAGAGACUUAAAUAUGUGCUUUGAAACCAGACCGAAAGUGGGGUCGCAUCACGCUGCUCUGGCUCAGCCUUGCCCAGCGGCCUGAGGCAAGUUGAAAAGAGGGGAACCCGCUCAGUCUCUCUCCUGAGAGAAACUGCGGUGGGGUCUGACUUUCUGAGAGGAAGGGGGAGGUUUGGAAGCAAGUCAGGGCUCUAGGGGAACUCCUUGGGUGCUGCUUCCUACAACCAGCAUGGCUAAAACAAAUUUGAAAAGUAGAAUCCAAGGAUGAUAUUGGAAUCCACACCUUGUGUGCCAGGAGGACGCACAGCUAGGCUGACUCGGAUGGCUUGAGAAUGGAAUGGGUCUAGAUUUAUAGGAUGAUAUAAAGCUAGAAGGGACUUUAAUAAUCCAGCCCGGGUUUCUCUCUUACAAAGAAGCAGUGAGGCCACCCCUCUUGGGCCUUCAACUUAACCUCUCUGAGCAUCUGAAAAAUUAAUAGCUACCUCCCAGACUUGUUGUGAGGAUUAAGUGCAAUGAGGUAUAUAAAGUACUCAGCACUUAGCACUCAAUAAAUGGGAGCUGUUCUUAUUUCACUGGUUCUGUGUGUUUAGGUGUGUGGUGGCAAGGUUGGGGUCGGGGUAACUGUCUCAGCAUAGUACACUAAACAGCCCAGCUUCCUGAGACAGGGUUCAUAUCCACUUAGAGUCAUUAGAAUUGGAAGGAACAAAAUAGGCCAUUUAAUUCAAUCCCUUUGUUUUAGAGAUGACGAAACUGAGGUCCAAACAAGUGAGGGCUUGCUCGGGAUCCCACACUACCUCCUUUUCUAGAAUCCCAUAUCAUGCCUGGGCGGUAGGGAAAUUGCCAUGCUGUUAGCCUAGAAACUCCGCUGAGAUGGCCUCUCAUUCAUGCAGCAGCAGAUGGGCGAUCCUAACCCACCAACCAAGCGCUCUGUUGUUUUUUCAGGCACC